AUGGCACUCACUCUCCGUCGACGCGCCGCACCGGAGAGCUUCUUAGAAUCCAUUCCACGUGGCGAGGAGUGCGCCGCUUCUAAGAUCUCCGAUUCGGCUCCCUGGAGGUGCUUCGAAGCGCUUUCUGGGAUCCGCUCUCGUUCCCCCUCCGCGCGCCACUCUUCCGCCAAUUCAGCGCGCCAUCUCCGCGCGACGUUGCUCCCCGCGAACUACUCCGAGCCUCCACACGAGCUGCUGCUUCCCGCGCACCAACAAGAUCCCGCCACGUGGCAACUCGAGCUGCUCUCGGCGAUCGGCGCGCCCGCAUCGGCACAGGUGUUUUCCGCGCGGAUCUGCCCGCGCCUGGUGGUAUUCUGGGCGAUUGCGCCUAGCAGCGUGGAGAUCAACGAGCGCGCGGGGCGGCUCGCGCGGAUUUCCCACAUUUACGGAGACGCCCUAGCAGUAGAGUGUGACUCAAACGACAGCGCCUUUAACGAAUGUGACAAAAGCGAGACCGCUCAAUGCAAGCACAUUGCCGCCGCCACCGCCGCUGCUUCCACGAGGGCAAAAUCCUCCCCUCCAUAUCCUCCCGCUUCUUCCUCUUCCCUUCCUCUCCCCCGUUCCCCACAGACUCUUCCCCCAUCCUCCUCUUCCUGUCGUCGUUCCGCAUCCCUCCCCGCCCUUGCGCAUCCCCCUCCGCCCCUCCUUUCCCCGCUUCCCCACCACAAUGCCCCACACCCCAUUCGCCAGGGUCACGCACUCUUCGACCCCCCUUCGACCCCCUCGCUCGAGCCGCCUUCAAGUCCAUCCAAACUUGACCCACCAUCUCCCCUCUCUAUCGAGACGUGUCAUCAGCUAACUACACCUACUAACCUCCCCUCGCCACCAUCGCUUGAAGCGUCUCUAAAGCCAUCUGCCCUCCACCCCUCGCCUCCUCUAUCUUUUGCGCCGUUUAUAAAAUUAUCGUCCCUGCAUCCCCCGCCGCCCCCGGCGCUGUGCCUGGCCUCCCUCCUCCCUUACGACGUCGCCGAGCGAAUCUUCCUCGCCCUUUCCUUCGCUGACCUCAUCAGUUGCGCCGCUGUCUGCAAGGCGUGGCGCUGCCACGUCAGCAGCAACCAGGUGAGCGCCACAUGUCCUGGGCUGACUCAUUCUUCAUUCCUCGCUGUCGUCCGGGCAGCUGAAGCAGGGAACCUGGACGCGUGUGUGAUUAUGGCGAGGGUGAUGGAAGCGAGGGGGGAGCAGCAGAGGGCGCUGGAGUGGUACAGGAAGGCGGCGAGAAUGGGGCACCAGGGGAGCCAGUAUCGAAUGGGCGAGGCGUACUACAGGGGGGAUGGGGACUGGCUGAGGGACGAGGAGGAGGCUCUGGCGUGGUUGUUGCGCGCUGCUCGGAACGCCCAGGCGGAUCCCGUGCUCGGUGCUGCUGCUGCUCUGCUGCUGGGGUACAUGUACCUGGAUGGGGAGGGCACGGGGAAGCCGAGCACUGAAGAGGCCAUCCGAUGCAUUGCCGAACACCAUCCAUCUGGUGUGAUGGCGGAAGGCUGCAUACUGCUACCUGUUGGUGUUUUGGAUUAA